CUUUCCUCGCUCUCUAUCUCUUUUCCCUUCUCUUUCACACACACACACACUCUCUAGCUUGCUCACUUUGUCUUCAUUGCAUUCCUCGCUCAUCUACAUCUCUUCAAACCUCAUUCAACUACUAUUUGGUUUCCGUUGACUCGUUCGCGCUCUUUUUUGUACCAUCACACGGGUAUCAUCAUCAUUAAAGAAAAACCAGGGAGGGAGACCGAUUUUCUAUUUCUCCACAUUUUCACACUUUCACACCUUCACGCUUUUUUCUUUUUUCCUCACAUUCCUCAUCAUACUCACCAUGCACAAGAUGUUCAAGCUACACUCAAAGGCCUCCUCGGCCACCUCCUCUAGCACAUCCAUCAGUGCCGGUUCCUCAGGUGGUUCAGGAAGCAUUAGUGGCUCUGGGUGCAGCGGUAAUCAAGGACCCAAGACCGGCAUUUAUCUAGUCGGCGCUACGUACCUGGAUAUAAUUAUGCAUGUCCACUCCUUUCCAGCAGAGGACACCAAGCAGAAGGCACAGAAGGUUGAACAAAGACGCGGAGGUAACGCUGCCAACACAGCUGAGGUUUUGGGACAGGAUCCGAGGACCAAGGUCUGGUACAUGAGCAGCAUGCCAUCGCCGGCCGCUUCCAAGGUGUUACUUCGGUCAUUGGAAGAGAGUAAUGUCAAAACGGAAGCAUGCGUCUUUCAUUCGUCCCAGCUCACUCCUCCGCAGGCAUACAUCAUCUCUUCCCUCGAUUCUGGGACACGCACCAUCAUCAGCCAUUCAACCUUGCCAGAUCUCACCCUCGAGGAGUUUAUCAAAAAAUUCGAUGCGGCAUGCAUGAGGGCGGGCGUCUCCGAUCUUGUGCAGAUGAAUUGUCCGUUCCGCUGGAUUCAUUUUGAGUGUCGUGGCCUGGAGGUGUACAAAAUGAUUGAUUAUGUCGAAUCGGUCUAUAUCCGGCAGGGCUGGCGACAAAAACUGACAAUCUCGGUCGAGUUUGAAAAGGGCGACCGGCCAGGGAUCAAGAACCUGCUUCAACAGGCCGAUGUGUGCUUCUUUUCAAAACUAUACGCAGAGACACUUGGAUUCGAUCGACCUGAGGAUUUUUUGUCAAGCAUCGGAGACUACUGCAAGCCAACAGCGACGUUAUUUUGUUGUUGGGGCGCAAUGGGUGCUGUUGGUCUCCAUCUUGAGAGUCGUACAAGGUUUAGCGCUGGCGCAGGCAAAAUCAACAUGGUCGUAGAUCCUAUUGGAGCUGGCGACACCUUCAUCGCAGGCAUCAUACUGGGACUGGGCGUACGUGGAUACGACAUUGGGCGAGGGUUGAGAUUCGCAUGUGAACUUGCCUCAUUAAAGUGUUCACAGUAUGGGUUCCAACGAGUCUUGAAAUCGAUACCCCCAGACCUGUAGCCCUUGCGUGCAUUGAAGCUUUGUAUACCCUUCUUUACCUUACUAUGCAUAAUAAUACGAAUAAACCAAACGUGAAUAUAAGCAACCAAUAACC